AUGUGGGCAAAAGCAGCAUCACUCUUCGCUCUAGCGGCCACUGCCGUUGCCCAAUCCAAGGGCUUCAACUAUGGUGCCACCAACGCAGACGGCUCAUGCCGCGGGUACGACGACUUCGUCCGCUUCUUCAAUGAGGCUAAGUCCCUUCCUGGAACAUCUGGCUUCAACACAGCGCGUCUGUACACAUCGAUUCAAUGCGGCAGCCAAACAGAGCCUAUCUCAGCCUUCCGCGCAGCCAUCGACACUGAUACAAGAAUCCUUGUAGGUCUCUGGGCUAGUGCCGGACGUGCCGCUUAUGAGCGGGAACUCAACGCCCUCCUUCAAGCUGCUAGGGAUCUGGGCACUCCUUUCACAGACAGGAUUAUCGGAAUCAGUGUAGGAUCUGAGGACCUAUACCGCAGCAGCGAGCAGGGAAUCAAGAACAAAGCUGGCGUCGGUGCUACCGGAGCUGAGAUCGAGGGAUACAUCGGUUGGCUCCGUGACUGGGUUCGUGGAACCGGACUCGCCAAAUGCCCCGUUGGCCACGUCGACACAUGGACUGCCUGGACCCUAGCGGAGAACCGUGGCGUUGCCCGCGCUGUGGACUGGCUCGGUCACAACUCUUUCCCCUACUUUGAAAGCGACAGGCCAAACUCCAUUGACAAUGCACGCGAUAACUUCUUCACUUCUGUCGCCCAGACUGCGAGCGUAGCAGACGGAAAGGAAGUCAUCAUCACCGAGACUGGUUGGCCACGAAUUGGACCCGUCUCUCGUGAUGCCAUUGCUUCUCUCGACAACAUGAAGCGUUACUGGAAGGAAGUCGGUUGCUCCCUCUUCGGUGUCCGCACAACCUUCUGGUACACCCUCAAGGAUGCCAAUGCUGGCCAGACUGAUUUGUCCUUUGCCAUUACGCCUCUCCAGAACAACACACCUUACUUUGACCUCACUUGCUAG